UUGAUAUCAAGCGACUGUCGUCUGCUAGUUAUUUAUUUUGUUGACGACUGUCAAAGAAAGAGGACGUGUUGUUAUUCGUUUAUAUAGAACAAUAAAUAAGGCAUUCGGUCGAUUUGAAAAUGGAAGAAAAUGCAUGUUUUUUGAAACAACAUGAUUUACGGGAUAAGAAACCCACAAAGGAACAGGAAGAAUACGAAGACAUGGCUUUGUGUUUUUUCUUCUUGAAGAGACGAAUUCAUUAUCUUCCUAUUCUGACGUCAUUGUUUAUUAUAGCUUCCUUUUUUAUAUCAUAUGCUGUAUCUGUGAGUCAAGGUCAUGUGGAACCAGAUUUUCCUUACAUCAGAUCUUGCUUUUCCAGUUAUACAGCCAUCAAAGUACCAGAAAGAUGUAUAUUUGCCCAGCUGAUAAACAUUGGAGCAACACUUUUGGCAUUUAAUGUUUAUAUUCGGUAUUUAACCAUGAAGGCAAUGUUAAUAGCAGCAAAACGACCACCAUGUGAUCGCAAGUACAAUGUAGCUACGUUGAUUAUGGGAUUUCUAUCAGCUCUUGGUCUCAGUAUGGUGGCUAAUUUCCAGACUGUUGAUAUCAAAGCUGCUCACUAUGUUGGUGCCGGUCUCGCCUUUGUACUUGGUACUGUUUACUGUUGGAUCCAGUCUUCAUUAUCAUGGAAAUUACGCCAUGCUUUAAAGAAUAGUUAUGUGGCCGUGUGGCAGUUUGUGAAUAGUGCCUUUCUUACCGCAUUCCUAAUAACAUUUAUCAUAUCUAAAGCUAUUUAUAAACUAAGCGAGUUAAAUGGUCUCGGAACAAAAUGGGAUACGUUACGAAUUCCCUACCUGAUCUCUACAGCAACAGAAUGGUUAACAGCAGGCGCCAUUGUCACAUUUGUCCUGACCUUUAUACCGGACUUUAAGAAAUCUGUUUUAAUUGGCCCAGUAGUUGAAUUGCCGCUAGAAAUAAUUACAACGAUAAACGAGUGCCCAUCUAUAAAUGGAUAUAACCCUAGUCCUAGCUCCAGUGUAAAUACCGAAUUAUUACCCAGUAAAAUAGACAAUAAUGGUUUCAUGUGUAAACGAGAGCCUAUCCUUUGAUUUUCUCCACCAGAUAUAAUUAUGUUUGUGGAACAUUAAACCAGCGAUUGUGCUUGUACACGCAAACAAUGAAAAUCGUCAUGGGUACGUUGUUUGACGAUGUGAGGCGAGGCGAUGUUUCAUGUGUAGAUCCGGUACCUUGGCUUGAAAUGGGACAUACCUUGUUAUGUAAAAAUACAAGGAUUCUUCAGCUGGAGGCGACGAGCGUGUUAUUUAUAUCAUUGAAAUCCCGCUAAAGCCGGAUUAACAUAUUUUGAUUAACAACAACGGGUAUUUUUGACCAGGCUACCAUAAUAAUCUUUCAUUCAUUUCUCUUAAAGACGUUUAACAAUGAAGUAUAAAUUGAAAUGAGUGGUCAGAGGUCCUUGCUUAAGUUCUUUUGCCACUAAUAGUCUCAUACAAAGUUCCAUGUAACUAAUUAAUUUCAAACUGAAAAAAUAUCCCUACUUAGUUUCCUGUGGGUUAUUUGUAUUGCAAGCAACUUUCUAUAGAAUGCCCCAGGUCAGCACAAGCACGAUUAACGGGCGAUAACUCCACUAGUAUUAUUAAACAUAGUUUCAGACAGAAAAUAAAAGAAAUACCUGUGAUUACGGUUACUCGACCGAUCCCUAAACUUGGCGUGAUUUUCAAGAAUCCUACUCUGUAAUUAAGCUAUAAAUGCAAGACAAUAUAGAUGAAACAAAUUCCACGAAAAUGAAAUAGUAAAAAAUUAAAAUUAUUAAUAAAUAAGGUGAUAAAAAGCUAAAAAUAAAA